UUUCGCUGCCCGCUCGAAACUUCAGUCGCGACCAGUUCUUGUUCGCCGGAAAGCGCGGAAGACGACGAGAGGAUCACUGCGUCGGAAGGAGAAGAGAGGUUCUUUAAGCGGUGGUGAGCCCGAAAACCUCUUUCUCUCCCCUCCGCUCCUAACUGACACCCUUACAAGGAGGUAGCGACAGGGGACUGCAGGAUUUGCGCUAAAUCCUGCGUAAUUUCUGGUUAAAUACGGCAAACAAACAGGCCCUAGGUGGAACUGAUAAUGACAUGGUGCGGGGAAUAGCAAACUCGGGGAAGAGGCAAAGUGAUGAUCUAAGUUAUCUACACACCGCAGAUCAAUAGUGGUGUGAUUCUUCCUACUGGCGAAGAACACGUCGUGGAGAGGAGAACGGAGAAGGCAUGUGAAAUCAGAAGUUGAUUGGAGUGAAGGGGCAAACCUAUAUUCAAAGGGGGCAAAUGCCUGCUCAUAUAAGUGAAAAGUCUGAAAUUCAGGGGGCAAUUGCCCCUCUUGGCGCAACUGACGGUUGGCAAGAGAAGAGAAAGAUCAAUUAAGUAAAACAAAGCUGAAGAGUGACUAUAAGCGACUAAGUGGAUUGUUGGUGAGAAAUGCAGUUUUCAUCCUUUGCUCACAUAUUGCAGUGGGAGAACCGGCUGCACCUUUGUUGUGUAGCCACCCUCAUUGGCCUCAUCCUUUUAGUAGCCACACCAACGAUUCCUCAUUCACCCACCCAACACAUUUUUGCUGAUAUGCGCAACUUCUUAGGGGUUCCCAACACGCUCAAUGUGCUCACAACUUAUCCCUACCUGUUCUUUGGUGUUCCUGGCCUAGUUUUCUGCCUCUCUGGUAGUUGUUUUGGCAUCAGCUUGAAAGGGGAAUUAUGGGGAUGGGUUUUGUUCUAUGCUGGGACUGCUGCAGCAGCAUUUGGAUCUGCAUAUUACCAUUUGAAGCCAGAUGAUGAUCGAAUUAUUUGGGAACGAUUGCCGAUGAUGAUUUCUACCAUUUCUCUUUUGUCUAACCUGGUUAUUGAGAGAUUGGAUGAGCGUGUUGGAAUAUCUUGUUUGAUUUCUCUUCUGAUGCUUGUUUUUGUUAGUGCCACAAUUGAAAGGACCUUUGAUGACCUCAGGUUAUGCAUCAUCUUCCAUUUUAUUCCAUGCAUUGCAAUCCCAGUAUUGGUGUUCUUGUUUCCACCGAAGUAUACACAUUCAACAUAUUGGUUCUGGGCAACAGGGUUUUACCUUCUUUCAAGGUUCGAGUCUGUUGCUGACAUGAAAGUAUAUAGCAUAGAUAGAUAUAUUAUCAGCGGUCACUCCUUGGAGCACCUUUGCUUAGCAAUGGUUGCUUUUAUUCUCACGGUGAUGCUUUGGUUGAGAAGCAUAAAAAUUUCCAGGGAUUAUUAGUUCCAUCCCAUGUUGGGAGAACAGUCCAAGAAGCAGACUUAAGAUCAUCAUUACAGUGCAAAGAUUGGACUAUUUAAUGAGCAAGAUCAGUGAGCUUAUUUGGAUUGUCCAGUUCGGGUCAGUGCUAGAUUUAUCCGAAGCCUGCUUCUUGCUUUGGCCAUUUGAGGAACAUGGAAUUGAACCAACUCAAUGCCAUCUACCACGUACAGUACUUUAUAUUUCUACUGAGCUGUACAUCUCAUAUGGGAAGUUUGAUUUCUUACCCUUAUUAUUAUUAUUAUUUGGUGUUAGUAUUUCUAUUGUAUUUAUUGCGGCUUGAAUGUCAAUAGCGUUGAUUGUUAUUUGGUUCUUUGGUGUCAAUAUUCGACUAUUUUAAAUGAUAUUCUAAUGAUUUACUUGUGA